CAGUCAGUCGUAGUGCUCAGUGCCGUGUGCCCGUGUGGUAGACGGCAGUGAACUAGUGAGCCAGUGAGCACUGAGCAGUGGUGGAGGACGGAUGACGGAAGUCGGAAGUGCACGCGUCCUGUGGCCACCAACUCACGUGAUAACGUCGAUUUYUUACGUUUUUGCAAGUCGUGGCAGCGGGGUCGUUGGAGGUGGGCGGUAACUGAGUACUCGUACGAUUUUCUGAUAAACCGAACCGUCUACGAUCUACGUUGGUAUCACGGCAUACGGUUCGCGGGACCGAAAUUGUUAAUAAUAAUAAUAAAAAUAAAAAAUACACUAUACAGUAUACACAGAAAAAAUAUUGUUUGAAAGGCCGAACACGUCUUGUCGUCUUGAACACCUCCGCAAACCACCGACGCUAGUAGCCAAUCGUCGUCCGAUGAUAGCACAACGCGGAAGUGCGGAUUGUUAGAUAAAAUACCAAAUAUGACUUUUAAAGGCUGCAUGAAACGGAUUGUUGUAUUAUAGAUCUUUCAAUAUCAAACUACUUUAUUAUAGCUUCAUUGUGCUGUGAUAAAAUACAUAUAUCUCAAUAAUGGCACCAUGCAUGUGUUUUUCAUUUAUGAAACCUGUGAUGAUAUUCUUGUUAAUUUGUGUUUUCGCAACAUGCUGCAUAACAUCAAGUUUCUUUGCUAUAAUUAUAUUUCUUGUAUUCAUAGUUAUACCAAUUGUUUUUCGAUAUUCACCAUCACUUCAAAGAGGAAUGAUAUUCCUAAAUUAUGUUCGUAUGCCAUCUGCUGUUAAUUAUAGUCAUCCCGAAAAGUAUGGUAUCAGAGGAACUAGAAAUUUCUAUAUAAAAACAAAUGACAAUAUGACAUUAGGUGUCUGGCAUGUUUUACCACAUAAUUUGUUGGAUAAAUACGAGGAUGAUAAUUCAACUUAUGAACAACUUUUAAGUCAUGGUGAGCCAAUUGUGAUAUAUAUGCAUGGCAACUCAGGCACGCGGGCAAAUGAACAUCGGGUUCAGUUAUAUCAUGUGCUUCAAGAUAUCAACUGUCAUGUAAUAGCAGUAGACUAUAGAAGUUAUGCCGAUUCUACUGAUGUUGAAGUCAGUGAGCUUGGAGUAGUUACAGAUGCUAUGGAAAUGUUUAGAUGGGUGCAUAAACGUGCUAAUGGCACCCCGAUUUUUGGCUGGGGUCAUUCUUUGGGAACUGGAAUCGGAGCACAUGCAUAUUCACUGCUGGAGAAAGAAGGUCUUUAUCCAAAUGGUCUCAUAUUAGAAGCUCCAUUUACAAAAAUGAGUGACGAAAUACGCGAAUAUCCGCUUACUAAGAUUCAUCGACUAUUACCUUGGUUUGAGUUUUUCAUCAUUGAACCAGUUGAGAAGAAUAAUAUUAUUUUUGAUACUGUGACAAAUUUAAUGAAUACUAAAAUGCCAAUAUUGAUUUUACAUGCACGGGAUGAUAUUGUAAUACCUUAUGAACUAGGUGAAAAGUUGUACAAACAUCUAUUGGAAACUAGAACAGAUGUUACAACUGAAUUUGUGUUGUAUGAUAAACAUUAUAAGUAUGGACAUAAGCAUAUAUGUAAAGAUAAGGAAUUAGGAAAUCGGACUAGGAAAUUUAUCAACGAGUCCAUAAACAAUAUACGUCAAUAAAUAUUUUUACUUUCUUAUCCGUCAUUAAUAAACGCAUGUAGAUAAUUUUAAUUGGUUAUUGUAUUUGUUURGCUCAAUUUUUGUUGUUAUAUGAUUGUAUUUAAAUCCUCAUUGAUAUUUUCAUUACAAAAGUGAUACUACUUUUUACCAUAGUAAUUAAUAAAAAAUGAAUGUUUUUUUAAUUGUGACAAAUAUUCUGUUAGUCUAUUGUUUGUGAACCUCUUAUAAUUAAUUUUAUACUAUUACUUUGUUUUUACAUCAUUUAUUUUCUUCAUUUUUCUAUAAACUUUUUCUUUGUAAUUACUUUUGUUGUCAUUAAAACUACUUAAGUUUUUUUUAAUAAAUAUUUAAUUAUUAAAGCUUGGUCCAAUUUUUUUGAUAUAAAAAUCAAUUCAUAGAAAACGUUUGUUAAAUUUUUGAAUUAUUCCUAAUUUUAAUUUUAAGUUUUUAAUUCUGUUACAAAUCUUAGUAAAUUAUAGCAUACAUACUCUAAA